AUGAAGGAGUCCAGUGACAACAAGCUCAUCGUCGUCCUGACCGCCAUCGGAGCUGUGCUCGUCGUGUUGUUCUUCUCUGUCCUGUUUUUAUUCCUCUGCGUGGAUACCAUGCAGGUAAUCCCGCGGAUCCUCGUCUGGAUCGGAGUGAAGAAACGGGAGACGAUACGCUCUAUCUCUAUCGUCGUGGAGAAGGGACCGGAGGACGCUAUUGAGGCCAAAAACGUCAUCAAACUCUGA